AUGACUCAGUCAGGAUAUAUUACUAUAUCGUCUGGUACCGACACCAGACCUCACACGACUGAAAGCACCAAAAAAGUAAAAAGGUCAAAUACUCUUAAAUCAGCUAUGAGUUCUGUUAGUCAAUGGUUGCCUAAUCUAAACGUUACGAAAAGAAGUAGAUCUCACUCGCUGCCUGGGAUAAAAAGAGAUGCAAUUAAAGUAAAUUUAAAUAAAAAGAAAAAGAAAAACAGCAUCGUCUCGACAGUUUCUGAUAUAAUACAAAAGGCUAAACGACGAGGUAGUCUAUCACAUCAGUACUCAUCUUCGUACUCAGAUACCGAACAUUCUGAAACAGAGUGGUCAACGGAAAAAUCUAAAUCUGUAGCAUCAGAAGACGAAAGAAGCGAAGAUACUACUAGCAUCUUUUCAGAAAGUAACAUAGACACUGACAGUGAUUUUACGACAAGCGUAGACAACGGAAAGUCAAGAAAAUUUAGUCAGCCCGUUACAGAUAUAUUUCCUUUGCAACCUUUAUUUGAAACUGAUGCACCAGGCAGUGAUGAUAUGUCAGUACGAAAUGUAGAAGCCGACAGCGAAGGAAAUAUUAUAAAUAAUAGCACCGUUCCAUUUUUGACCCGAAAAAACUCGAUACACUCAGAAAAUGAAGAUACUAGUGGUAAAGACAACAAAAUGGUGGUUGUGGUAGGAGCAGGUGCUUCUAUGGAGUUUGCUGUAUCUAGAGCACUAGGAAAAUACAGACAAAGGCAAUCAAAUUCAUUUUCUGAGGAUCAAAUAUUUAAUGAAGAAGACGAAAUUAUAAUCGAAGAUAUUACAGAAGAACGAGACAAUCAAUCUGAAUCAGCGCCUCAAAUGGAAAAAGUUCUUUCAGAACAAAAGUCUACAGAUAGUCAGACAAGUUCUGAUAAUAACAAACCAACGAUCAUUGAUAGAACUGAAGAGCCAGUCUCUGAAGAUAGUCCUUCUACCAUUAGUAUUAAAUCACAUACGAACCGUUUUUUACCAAAGCAGCAGCAAAGUCUAGAAAUACCUGGAAGUAGAGAUGACGAUGAUGUAAGAAGUACUCAUUCCUGGAGAAGCACUUCUAGAGUUUCUUCCAGAAGGCAAAGCACUGAAGACAGCAUUGACAGUGAAGAUGAAUGGUAUUGUUACGAGUUAAGAAAACUAGAAGAAAUGGAAAGGCAGAACCAGCUAGAAAUUGAAAUGGGUACUACUUUACAUGAAGAACCUGAACCAAGCGACGAAGAGUUAGAACCAGGUGAAGAAGUCAAGGAAAGAAUGAGUUUUGUUUUGCGAGAACUAAGAAUGAAAGCAAAAAUAGUGCAGGGUGUCCUAGACGAAAAAGAAAAUAAUCUACUAACGGUACAAUCUCGCAAGAAAAAGGACAAAGAUGAAAAACGAUCGUCGUUUCAGCUAGACAAUGCUGCUUCGUUAUUCGAGAAAAUAAAAAACUAUCAUCACGAUGAAGAAGAAGAGGGGUUUUUAGAUAAAAAAUUUGACCGUUUAGAAGUUCACAGUCCCCAUGAGAAAGAAGAGCACAACUCAUCCGGAAAUACUUCCGGCCCAGAUAGUCCCCACAGUACCGACGAAUACGACGAAGCUGAAAUGGCCAUCAACGACGAAUUCGCUCUAUGUCACGUCAAUAAAGAAAAACAAGAGGAAGAAGACAAAAAACUAGAAUUAAACGUUACCACACACGAGACAACGGAACAGAAAGUAGUACCAACGAUUACCUUGGAAUCUUCAACGCCGGCGAAAGAGGACAAAGAGGAUAAAGAGGAGAAAGAGGAGAAGGAAGACAAGGAAGGAGUUCAAAUGGGGAGCAGGUGGAAGCUGUUGAAGACGCUGAAAGAAAAGAAAGCCGAAGAGAAAAGUAAUCAGUGCAAAUCACCAGCGCAACCAACUGUCGAAACUAAUGUGAGUACAAAUAUAUUGUUGUAUUUUAGAUAUCUUUUAAAUUACUUUUAA